GCGUACGGUGGCGAGAGGCGGUGGGCGGGGUGGCUGCCGUGUACGUGUGUGUGUACGUACGUGUGCGUGAGACUCGGGAGAGGCGGUAGAAGCGUGUAUGUGUGUGUGUGUAUGUGCGUGCGUGCGUGCGUCGGUCGCCCCGCUGCCGCUGCUACCCCGCCACGCGCGCGCUCACUCAGUCGCUCCUUGGCUGGUGAAGCGACAACACCACGCCCGCGCCUUUGGCCUUCGCUCGCCCGCCGCCGCCGCCCCCCCUCUCUCUCUCUCUCUCUCGCUCUCGCUCUCUCAGCCUCGAGACGGCGGCCUAGACCUCGCCCUCGAAGAAGAAGAAGAAGAAGGAGGAGGAGGAGGAAGACCUUUCCUCGGGCGUCGAUGUUUUUCGUCUUUUGUUAGAGAGUCAUUCGUUUUUUUAUACUUUUUAUUUUUUUCUUUCCCAUGUAGCUCUCAUUCUGAAAACGAAAAGAGAGGAAAAAAACGGGAAAAAAUUGAAAGAAAAAACAGGUGAAUUGAGAAGUGCGAGAGAAUUUUUGUUUUGUUUUUUUAAAAAGAGAGAAUAAGAGAAAUAUAGAGAAAAAUACAGAAAAAAAAGUGCGAAGUGCAGCCUCGUGUGUGAUUCUCGCUUCCGCUGCAAUUGCCGGUUGCAGGAAGGAGGCGUUGCAGGAUUGCCCGAUGGAGUUCUAGUUGAGAAAGAGGAAGAAAGAGGAAAAAAGGAAGAAAGGAGGAAAGAUAGUAAGAACGCUAAAAGAUAGUAAGAAAAAGUGAUUUUUUUCGUUGUGCCUUAAAGUCGUAAGAGAGAAAAGAAAGAAAAAAAGAAAAACAGAGAAUUCGUAACUACCGUGAGAAAAAAAUACAUAAAUACAAUUAUUUAACAAAUAUUCAUAGUGAUUUUUACGGAUAAACCGAUGUGAAAAUCGAAAUAGAUAAAAAGGGGGAGGAAGUUGAAAGGAAUAUAAAGUUGGGCUGAACGAGAAAAAUAUACACAAAGUGACAGAAAUAAAAAGGAAAAGUAACAGUAACUUAAUUAAUUUACUUGGCACUGUGUGAUUUCCGUCUGUGUGACCUUCCGUAGUGACCUGUAGUGACCUGUGUGGGGGGAAAAAGUGAUUGCCUGCUUGCGUUAUCUGCAGGCGAUAUGGUUAGAUAACGAUUAUUGAUAGUGCGAUAGUGACUGCGAUGGUGAUGAUGGUGCCCGCCUGCCCAGGGCUACCUCGGGGGCUAUCGUGGCUUCCUGGGGCUAUCCUCCUCGCCACUUUGGUACAGGUGGCGACGGCCUCCGGGCGCUUCGAGCUGGAGGUGGUGGAGGUGCAGAACUCGCACUCGCAGCUGUGGUCGGGCGAGUGCUGCGGCGGCGUCGCCCGCUCCCCGGCGUCCGAGUGCCCCGUGCAGUGCCAGACCGCCGUGACGCUGUGCCUGAAGGAGUACCAGAGCACCCAGGACGGAGGCAAGGCCCUGCCGCGGCAGGUCCUGGAGUCGGGCGGCGCGACGUCCAAGGGGCAGAGCGCGGGCGCGGGCGGCUGGGGGAGCUGCACCUACGGCAACGGCACCUCGCCCGUCAUCGGCGGCUCCUCCUUCACCCUCGCCCAGUCGCCGCCCGCCGCCCACAUCCAGCUGCCCUUCACCUUCUCAUGGACGGUAAGUGAGACCCCGGACGGCGCUCCUGGCGGCGAGGCUGACGGAGGCUCGGUUCCUGGCGGCUGGGAUGAGUACCUGUAGUUCUUUUCUCUGCUCCUGCUUCCUCUUCCUCUUCG